AUGCAAGGCAAUGCUUUUAGCGGAAGCAUUCCUCAGUCUCUAAGUUCUUUGAUAAGCAUUAUAGGGAUAAAUCUUUCUUGGAACAACUUUUCUGGCCAAAUUCCACAAUUUCUUGAGAAUUUACCCUUCCUGGAAGUUCUAGACUUGUCGUACAAUCACUUAGAGGGUGAGGUACCAACAAGAGGAAAUUUCAGCAAUGCAGAAAAUGUUUUGCUAAUCGGCAAUGAGAAGCUCUGUGGAGGUGUUUCUGAAUUGCACUUGCCAUCAUGUCAAGCUGAAAGUUCGAAAAGUUCGAGGACACCAACCAGAAUUCUGCUUAAAGUAGUGAUUCCAGAAUCAGCAAAGAAGUCUCCUGGUGAAUCUGGUCUGAUUCAGAUGGAAGAACAAUUUCCAAUGGUUUCUUUUGCAAAGCUGAGUAAGGUAACUAAUGAAUUUUCACCAGCAAACAUGAUUGGUCAGGGAAACUAUGGCUUGGUGUAUAAAGGAACUUUGGGUGAAAACAAAACCUUAGUUGUAGUAAAGGUGUUUAAUCUUCAGCAAAAAGGGGCUUCCAAGAGUUUUUUGGCUGAAUGCCAAGCACUGGGAAGAAUUCGUCAUCGAAAUCUGGUCAAAAUCAUCACUAUUUGCUCAAGCAUAGACUUUAAACGCUCUGACUUCAAGGCUGUAGUUUACGAGUACAUGCAAAAUGGAAGUUUAGAGGACUGGCUGCACCAGAGCGAUGAUCAAGCUGAAGUGCUUAAUCUAAGUCUCAUUAAAAGACUUAACAUAGCCAGUGAUGUGGCCUAUGGAAUUGAAUAUCUUCAUCACCAUUGCCAACCUCCAGUUGUUCAUGGUGAUCUAAAGCCAAGUAACAUUCUCCUUGAUCAUAAGAUGGUGGCUCACGUGGGUGACUUCGGGCUAGCUAGAUUCUUACCGAUUGCCCACAAAGCAUCUCUUCUAAAACUCCAUCAAGGUCAGAUGGGAUAA